AUGAAAGUCUAUGCGGGGGCCAUAGAGACUUUGCCGUCGAACGAUGGACGCCAGGCGGCGCCGUUCUACCCCUCGGCAUCUCUAUGGCCCGCCUCAGGCCCUCGCCAGCUGCCCCCUUUCCCGCGCUUUCCCGCGCUGAGGCAAAUGGAGCCGCCUCCGUCGCCUCCUUCUCCCGCGGAGGGCAAUGGCGUCCCUCGCGGCUCCCCCCGCUCGGCCCUGGAGCGGCAGUGGCUGCGGGAAGCGCGCGACUUCGUCCGCCGGGCGCUCCUCGGCAGCGGCCGGAGCGAGGGGCGGGCGGCGGAGGAGGAGGACCCCGUCGUCACCAUCUGGCGGCCCUUGAGCCGCGCGCUGAGCCAGGGCGGGGGACCCGAAGGGCUGCCGCUGGGCUACCGCCUUAUCUCCGUCUCAGAACUUCAGUCCCAACAGCAUCAGCCGUGCUUUAGUCACUUGACCUGGAGCAGCGACGAAUUCAGGAAAUGGGCUUGUGACGGCAAAGGCCUCUUUCCCGGCCAGGAAGUUUUGCAACGAGCUCACUUGAUACUUGUUGGUUACUUGACAGACGGGGGGAAGGACGGAGCAACAGAUGGUAGUUUGUACGUACGAGACAGCACUGGCGUGCUGCCCUGUGAGGUUCUGCAUUUUAAACUCGAAUGGCUAGAAACUCUUCUGCUGUUCCCCAGUUGGACGUACAUCCCCCAAAAGAGCCCGAACAGAACUGGAUACUUGGAGAUCCUAGCAGAUCCAGUCCAAGUGAUGCCGGGGCCAGAGAAGAGGAUCAAUAUCCCCCCUGUCCUUGAUUCGGGGCAAGCUGCAUUGCUCCUCAGUGCCAGGGCUGAGUGUAAGAAGGUGGCAGAGCUGAACGUGGCGGGGGAGCUCUCCAGGCUCAGCACAGUCCUUUGCAUCCAUCAGAAAGUCUUCUUCUUCCUCUUCUUGAAGAGCUUCAGGUCCGACGCUUGCAUCCCAGUCCUGGUGCAGUCUCCCCACUUGGCUUGGCAUUGUGUUCUACAGCUGGAGCAAGGGUAUGUGGUGACUGCUCUGAAAAUGUCUUCCCUCAAAGCUUCGGGAUUGAGAGUGUUUGUCACCAGCUCUUCCUCGCAUCUUUUACCAUACCAUGCGGAGCAUGUGACCGAGGAAUUUAUGGACAGUUCUUCAGAGGGAAGUGCAGUUUUGUCUGCUUCCCCAGUCACCUGCACGCCACUCAGCAGUUCCUUGGAGCUGGGAGAGGAAGUCAAGAUGCUGGUUCCGGAAGUCCAAGGUGAUCUUUUAUGCGCAGCAGUUGAAUUCUGGCCGCGGGCUCCGACCGGGCGCGUGUGUGGAGGUGAGGAGGUGGGUAGAAGGCGUUGA